GUCAGCUGUGCGGUGCGAGUUACGGAGUUAGAUAAACAACAAUCCUUCAACCUGCUCUCACUCAGAUGCAUUAAAAACCUAUUAAACAUUGAAAAAUAGAAAUAUUUUUACUCUUUACAACCAGCUGAGCAUGUCUGGCAUUGCGAAUUGCGCCAGGCUCGGCGUAUUGUUGCGGAGCGAGACUAUUCUCAGGGUGUACCUGACAAGGUACUCACCCUGCGUGAGUCACUUGCACACCGGCAGCAAAACCCCGCUUAGACAGAAGCAGAAAGCGCUGUCCGAGCAUGUCGAUGGCGGGGACAACAACGUGCCUUCGAUGACAGUCAAGGAAAAAGUGAAGGAAACGACAAAAACUGUGGGUUAUUCCGGAAUCGUGCUCGCAGGCCUCGGAGUGACCUCGAUCAUUUUGUACUACGUCUUCCGAGAGCUGUUCUCCAGCGACAGCCCGAACAGCGUGUACACCGCCGCCCUGGACAGGUGCCUCAGGGACCCCAAGGUGGCUGACCUGCUCGGUGAGCCCAUCAAAGGUUUCGGGGAGGAGACGAGGAGAGGCAGGCGGACGCACGUUAGUCACCUCUUGUACGAGAAGGACGGCGCGAAUUAUCUUAGAAUGAAAUUCUACCUGAAAGGCUCGAGAAACCAGGCCACCGUGAAUCUGGAGAUGGUCGAAAACAAACAAACCGGUCAUUUUGAAUACAGGUACUUAUUUGUCCAAACGGAGGACAUGGCGAGAAGAGUGGUCAUCCUGGAAGACAACCGAGGGAAGACGGAUUACACGAGCUCGCCAUCGCCCACGGAGCUUGGCUCCCUGCCAGCCCCCCUCUUCCCCCUCGAAGGUCUCAAGUAAAACACAAUAACGCUCUCCGAUCGACAAAAAAAAUGUUUAUUUCGUGACACGCGCUAUUUCAUAGCAUUUCCUUGUAAAUAAAUUCUUUUGUACUAAA